CACAUAUCCUAUGAAAGUAUUUAAAGAUCUAGUUAUAUUCUCAGUAAGAGAAUCUAUAAAAAAAUCUGAGAUGUUCCCAAAUGUUAUAAAUAUGGAUAGAAAACCAACUACUUCAGAAAUUAUGAAAGAAUGUCAAAACUUUAGUUCGUUCUAUUGUUUGAUUGAUGAAAAAAAUAGUCUUUCUUAUAUAGACCUAAGUAAUUUCGCCGAAAAAACUAUAACAGGGGGCGUUAAUGUCACUGGUUUUGUCAAUUUCGUAGAAAAUUCCAGAGAAAAACUCGCAGAUUAUUGGGAAUAUAUAAAGUACAAAGAAGAAUUUCGUGAAAUAAGAAAGAAAUAUAUAACACAGGCGAUUAAGAAAGUCGAGGAAGACGUAGAAUGGAUGGAGUUUGAUGAUGAAGAAAUUUGUUUUGCCGGAGAUGGUAUAAUGAUUCUGGUAGACGAUAGAUCCGAGCAUAUUUUUCCAUUAAGUAAAAAUACAUUCAAGCUCCCCAACUUAGACAACGUGAAUACUGAGGGAAAUAUUCUCUUUAACAAAUUCAACUAUUUCUUAACCAAAUGGUUCUGGGUCGCUAUAAAAUCUGAAGAAGAGUGUCAUCUGUUUGGUAAGAAUCCGCCAUUCCAUAAAGUAAUCAACAGUACGUAUCUAAGAAGAAUUUUAUGCAAUCCUCACCUAGGGCAAGAUAAUGUGCUUAUUACUAUAGAAGAUAGUAUAUAAAAAUAACUUUUUUUAAAA